AUGAGUGAUCUCACUAAACGGGCUGCCCUAUUCGCUGGGCCAGAUGAAUACGAUUCGCGCUAUUUGGAGAGCAGCCUUGCAUUUGAUCCGCUAUCGGAGCUGGAACCGGUUGCUAAACGACCGAGGCCGUCCGAAAGGAGUAAGUGCUUUAUCAGUCAUAACGAAAAAAAAAAUUAA